AUGCCGCCGAAGAACGCACGAGGACGCACACAGCAUCGUGAGGCGGACAAGGAACCAGAAGAGCCGUUUCACCCUGCAGCAGAUGCUGCCACCUUUCGCGACCUGCUCAUCUUUGAGGAGCGACUCAAGCAGAAUGCGGCUCGACUGCAGGCACGCAAGCGCAAGUACGAGAUCCUGCUCUUCGGCUUUGUCCUCUUCAUCCUCUGCCUUUCGCAUUUGGUGGUCAUCUCGCCGCGCUCUUCGGUGUUCCUGCAGUACAGCCUGGCGGCGGUGCUGAUGAUUUGUCUCACGACGCUCUUCCUUUUCUUUGCAAGUGGCAUGCACGCUGAGCGCAUUCGAUCCGCCAACAAGUUUGUGCCGCAAGCGAAUCGUAGUCUGCGCAAUUUCAACAUGUACCUCAACACACGCAGCACCCGAACAGCAACUCUGUCGGCAGCGUCCACCAUCCCACCCGCACAGAACAGCAGGGGCGAACUCAUCUUCAGCAGCAAAGUCAACCCCGACUUCCGCGAGGGCUACCAACGGUAUCGAGCCGCUUUUGAACGGCGCCGUGCCGAAAAGAUUGCGGCCAAACGGGCUCAGUCAUGGAAGCGAUGGUUCUACUUUGCUCUCGGCAAACCCGACGAUACCAAGCUCAGGUCAGCAACCACAGCCACUCGGAACGCUGCCGAUCCAUCAAGAUCCAAGGCAUUGCGCGGAUCCAAGCCAAGGACAGCUCGGACCACCCGAGCGACAGCACGCUUGGACUCGGAAGGGGCCGAGGCGGCCAGUCCGCAGCGCGGGAGCUUGCAGCUCGAAGACUUGAGCGAUGCGCCAAGUGAUGGUCUGAGUGAUGGAUUGAGCGAAGCACUCAGCGAGGAAGGAGGAUCCAUGUCGGGCCACGACCCAUCAUAG